AUGUACGAAAAGGGGAAGAACGUCAUGGGCAAGAGUCUGCGGCUGGAGAUCGAGGAGAUGUGGGCCCCCCUGAGGGAGAUACAGGCCGAGGAUGCGGCAAUAAAGAAAGCCAACGAGGAGGCGGGCUUGGGUUCUCAAUACGCCAGGGGGGAACACGUGUACAGUCAAUGGCGAGAGCGGAUGGCAGAGGCCCGAAACGACGCAAGCCCCGUCUUCACCCCUCGCGGGAACAGUCUCCAAGUUAAUCUGGGUGGCAUUACGGAAAGGGCGGCAGAAAUGCGCAGCCCACGGGACAGAAAGUAG